AUUCAAAUUUAGUCUCUAUAGAAGAAGAAAAAAAACAAGUUAAAGGUGUGAUCUUUAUUGUCUUGCUCAUUAUAUAGUGUUCAAAUUUAAAAUGCAGCCGCGGAACAGGAGAGAAAUGGUGGUGGAAGAAGGAGAAGCAUUGGUGGCGUGCAGUGACAAAAGCAUGAAAAUUGGGGUGACGAUAUGGGACAUGGACACAGGGGAAAAGAUGCUUCACAUACCAACAUGUGCUUCACCACCUUUUGGAUUAUUGUGUUUAAGAAAUCGCUUCCUCGUCGCAUCGCAAUUGAACAAACAUGGCUCUGUUGGUGGUGGAGCCAUUGUUGUUUGGGCCUUGAACAAGCCUCAGCAACCACUUUUGAAUUAUACAGUGGAGGCCAUUGGGCCACUUUCUAGCACACAAGAUGGCAUAUACCUUGUGGGAGGUGCUUUUUCUGGAAGUGCUUAUAUCUGGAAUGUGACUAGUGGAAAAUUGUUGAAGACUUGGACUGCUCAUUAUAAGUCACUAAAACACAUUAUAUUUUCAAAUGAUGAUUCUCUUCUUAUUUCUGGUUCAGUUGAUGGUAUGAUAUGUGUUUGGUCCAUGAUUAGUUUGUUAGAUGUGGAAGAAAUAGGCAGCUGGGAUCCUUUAUUACAUUGUUUGCCAGGGCACAUGUCCUCCAUAACAGGUCUUUUAGCUACAUCUUGCAGUUGCUUUUCAAUUUUAAUAUCAAGCUCCCUUGAUGGAACAUGCAAGGUUUGGGACUUUAUCACUGGAAAGCUUAUGCAAACUCAAGGUUAUCCGUUGGCAAUAACUUGCAUCACACUUCACCAAAGAGAAAGUCUCUUGUUUUGUGGUACUGAAAAUGGAACAAUGAUUGUCAACAAGGUUGAUAUUGGUUUGGAAGAAGGUCCUUAUUCCAUUAUCAGAGGAGACCAAUCACUUGAAUUGAAAGGUCACAGUGGAGCCAUAACUGCAUUGACCUCUAGUAGGGCAGGCCUAAUAUCUUCCUCUGAAGACUGCACAAUCUGCAUAUGGGAUGUCAUGAGCUGGACAAUCACUAAAAGAUUCAAUCUUCAAAAAGGAAAAGUAACUAAUCUCGUGGUAAUAAAUCGGUCUUUGGUGCUCUCCACAUCGAAUCACACAAGAGCCACCAAUCAAUAUACUGUUUCUCCAUUGGAUAAGUGUCCUCUGCAGAUGAACUCGUACAAGAGAACUACCACUCUUGUUUCCUUGAGUCGCCUCUACAAAGAAAAACAAACUUACAUUGAUUUACGAAGUUCUAAUUUAUUGAGACAAAGCAUCUCUGAUUCACAGAAAUCAUACAUGCAUGUGGCCAUGACCAUACAAAUGAAAAUGGAAACAAAUAUAGAGAAUCAUUUAUGGGCAACAAAGAUGGCAAAACAUGUAACGAUGAUAAACAGACAGUUGCAGUCACGGCUGUUGGGCUUGAUACAUCGCAGAUUGUUUGGUUCAAACAGAAUCAGCUUUCAAAAAACAGGUAGAAAAAGGCCCAAAAUUAAGAGUAUUUUACCAGAAGAGGAGAAUUAAAAAACCUAAGCUUCAUGCUUGUUUGUUCCUCAAGACGUGUUUCAAGAGUAGUUGUUUUUAUUUUACCCCUUGUAUUCCAUGUCAAGGCUUAUUUGUUGAGUAAACCACCGAUUUAGUCUCUAAUAUUGUAAGACUCUCUCAUUUUCUUUUCAACAAUCAAUCUUAAUAAUCACCGUAUAAAGCAAAAAUAAGUUUUUUUUUCUUCUUCA